UUAAAUAUUAUAAGUAAGUCUUUUCCUCUGUGGCUAGCUUUAGUUUUGUUCACUCUUUGAAUCCCAGUCCUUACUGUCAGUGUCAAAAUCAAAACUAGUGGUAUGUCAAUUGUCAAACAAUAAUCAAUAAAAACUUAAAAACAUCGCACUUCGGUAAUAUUAUGAGGUAAAGGCGUAUUUUACAGUAAAGAAAUACCAUAAUCUAUUUGUAAAAAAACGCAAUGGCCUCAGAAGCUUUGAACAUUUCUCGGCGAAAUUUGAAUGAAGUGUUGGGUGAAAAAUCUACGAAAUAUUUCAAUCAUAUGAAGCAAUGGUUUCGCAUGAAGCUAACUAAAGAAGAAUUUGACGCCGAAGCACGGGCAUUAUUGACUUUAGAUCAAGUACAUUAUCAUAACGAAUUUCUACUUGCACUUCUUAAUAAGGUGGAAGGUUUAGCUGAAACUUCAAUUACCAUUGCGCAAGAAAGAGCGAACUCACAGCAUCGGAACAGUAGACGGCAUAAGAGAAAUUCUCGUGCAUCAGAAAGGACAAACUUCGAGCCAGUUGACUUGCUGGAGUAUUUACCUUCAAACUCUCCGCCUGGCGCAGGAAGUGAUGGUGUUAAAUAUGCAACACAAGAAAUAUUUUUGCCAGACCAUGCAUUAGUAGUUGGUCGUUUCAUGCUAGCAGCGUGGGAACUAGGAUUAGAAGGGGCUGACGAUGAAGCCGCAGAUCUCAUAGUUGUUGCUGUACAACAUUUCCUCAAAAACAUUAUAAGUGCAGUUAUCUCCCAACGAAAAGGCUAUAAGACACGAAAUAAGCAUUUCAAGUAUGACAUUGGUGGUGAUGUGCCUAAUAUGUGGCUUCGUAAUACAAAUAAACUCUACGACCCACAGAGUGAAGGUCGAGUUUGUUUAGAUGAUAGCACUGAUGCCUUAGGUCCCCGUUGCCCACCUACAAUCGAUGAAGUUGAACAAUCGGCUGCUCUUGAAAUUGCUUGCAGUUCUUCUGAUUCUCAGCCCAAUGAAGAUAAAGUGACAUUGGAUGAGUUAUACCACACUUUGCUGACACACAAGAAUAUUAUUGCUUGCCAUUCAGUGUAUGCUGUGAAUAUGGAGAGAAUGGCUGUCAUGUUGAACCAUCCCAGUUAUUAAAUUAACUUAUUUUAACAACUCUUGUAAUUAAGACAUUAAUAUGGUAAGAUGUUUAAAUUUCUCGAUACUAUAGAAAAAAGCAUUUAUCUAACUUUUUUUUAAAUAUAUAACGGUUUUCUUUGUAAGAUAAGAAUUUUUCAACCCUUAUUGGGUAAAAUUGCUAAGUUUUAUUGUUAAUGGUAUCCUUAGCUGGUUUAUAUAUCUAAAGUUAGAAAAUAAAAUGAUCUAAAAAAAAAGGAUUUAGUAUGAAGUUUUAGUACUUAAUAAACUAAUGUUAUAAAUGCGAAAGUUUAGAUGGAUGGAUGGAUGGAUGUUUGUUAGCGUUUGUAGCCUAAACGGCUGA